AUUUUCCUGCCCCUCCUUUCUUUAAUUUCGUCGUGUGUUGACGCCCUCCUCCCAAAAUAGGUAGUUUGCGAGGUAAAAAGCCAACUAUCCAAGUUAAUGUCAACAACCCCAGGAUGAGAUGGAUAGAUGAAUGGAUGUUUAGAUAAACUCCAGUCCUACGAAUCCGUUCCUGGAUUUCCGGGUGCCCCCCGCCAACGCCGCUCUCUGAUUGGCUGCUGGCUGCCUGGCAGGAAGAAAGAGCUGCUGUGUUGAGGCCGAAAACUCGGGCACAAUCUGGAGGGGGGGUGGGACGACAACAAAAUACCUCCGUAGAAGAUUACAUGCACCGGACACUCAACAGGAGACGUCAAAUGGAUUUUUUAAUUUCAUUUUUCCUUUUUUUAAUUUUUUCCACGUCGAGCUGAGUUCGUCAUGCUUUUGCCAGCUUCGGCUCCGGACGUGAUGACGCGUGUGUCGCUAUAAUCAAGUCCCGUUUACUCUUAAUGAGACCGAACGUGCCACCGUUUUGAGAUUGAAAGUCUUUGCAUGGAGGACACAUAGCUGACCCGCUUUGCCGUGAAGCUGCGGCUGGCCGGCUGUCACUGGCACAACAUCCCGCAAGGAAGGGGAGGAAGAAAAAAAAAACUCCACGGCAAAGAGCUGUGAUGAAGGAACCGUAGACAUUCGCGAGCAGAAGAAGCCCCUCCGAAGGCUUCUUUUAUCGGACUCAAGGCUGUUCUACGGCUAUCCGCAUCAGUGCCAUGAAUCAUCGUGGGCAACAGCUGCUCCCCACAUAGAGGUCACUCCCCCCCGUCCCCCGCCUCUCUUUCCAUUCGACUCGCUCCGGAGGAUGCUGGGAAUGUGUCGCGGGCGCAGGAAGUUCCUGGCGGCCUCCCUCGCCCUGCUCUUCAUCCCGGCACUCACUUGGCUUUACCUGUCGGUCGGCAGCUUUCAAGUGAAGCCCCUCCCCCUGUCGCCGUUGGAAACGCAGUCGUCCACGCCCGUCGGAGGAGCGGGCGAGCGGCAAGCGUUGGAGUCGCGGGUGCGGGCGGUGGAGGAGGAGAACCGGGCGCUGCGCCGCGAGCUCAGCCGGCCACCCAGGAGCCCCUCGUCGCGCCUUCCGUAUGGUGGUCACCAUGGCAACCAAAGCAGAGCCCAUUCAGAGGAAGGCACCGGUGAUAACGAGGGCCAGAAAGCCGCCGCCGCCGCAGCAGCAGCGGCGAACAACUCGGACUGUGUCCAGCAGCCAGUUGUGGAUAAGUGUGAGACGAUCCACGUUGCUAUCGUCUGCGCCGGUUACAACGCCAGCCGUGAUGUGGUGACGCUGGUGAAAUCCGUCCUCUUCCACCGGCGGAACCCCCUCCAUUUCCAUUUCAUCACCGACUCCAUAGCUCAGCAAAUCCUGUCGUCUCUGUUCCACACCUGGAUGGUUCCUGCUGUCCGGGUUGACUUCUAUGACGCCGAUGAGCUGAAGUCUGAGGUCUCUUGGAUCCCCAACAAGCAUUACUCGGGAAUCUACGGUCUGAUGAAGCUCGUGCUCACCAAGACUCUUCCGCCGGAUCUCCAAAAAGUCAUCGUCCUGGACACGGACAUUACGUUCGCUACCGAUAUCGCCGAGCUAUGGGCAGUCUUCCAUAAGUUCAAAGGCCAGCAGGUUUUGGGUCUGGUGGAGAACCAGAGCGACUGGUACCUUGGGAACCUGUGGAAGAACCACCGGCCGUGGCCUGCCCUGGGUCGAGGCUUCAACACUGGGGUGAUUUUGCUGCUGCUUGAUCGACUGCGAAAGCUGCGAUGGGAGCAGAUGUGGAGGCUGACUGCCGAGCGGGAAUUAAUGAGCAUGCUAUCGACUUCGCUGGCGGACCAGGAUAUCUUCAAUGCUGUGAUCAAACAGAACCCGUUCCUGGUUCACCAGCUUCCCUGCUUCUGGAACGUCCAGCUGUCUGACCACACCCGUUCCGAGAAGUGCUACAAAGACGUGUCGGAUCUCAAGGUCAUCCACUGGAACUCCCCAAAGAAGCUCCGCGUCAAGAACAAGCACGUGGAAUUCUUCCGUAAUCUCUACCUAACCUUCCUGGAGUACGACGGCAACCUGCUGCGCCGGGAGCUGUUUGGCUGUCCCAGCGAGGCCGAUCACAACAGCGAGAACCUCCAGAAGACGCUCUCCGAGCUGGACGAAGACGACCCGUGCUACGAGUUCCGCCGCGAGCGAUUCACCGUCCACCGAACGCAUCUCUACUUCCUGCAUUACGAGUAUGACGUCACCCCCGACAACGCGGACGUCACGCUGGUGGCGCAGCUCUCCAUGGACAGACUUCAGAUGUUGGAGGCCAUCUGCAAGCACUGGGAAGGCCCCAUCAGCUUGGCCCUGUACCUGUCCGACGCCGAGGCGCAGCAGUUCCUGCGCUACGCUCAGGGCUCGGAGGUGCUCAUGAGCCGAGGGAACGUCGGCUACCACGUCGUCUACAAAGAAGGACAGUUCUACCCGGUCAACCUGUUGCGAAACGUCGCCAUGCGGCACGUCAACACGCCUUACAUGUUCCUGUCCGACAUCGAUUUCUUGCCCAUGUACGGCCUGUACGAGUAUCUCAGGAAGUCGGUCGCGCAACUCGACAUGGCCAACACCAAGAAAGCGCUGGUGGUGCCAGCGUUUGAGACGCUGCGCUAUCGGCUCUCCUACCCGAAAUCGAAAGCCGAGCUGCUUUCUCAGCUGGACAUGGGAACGCUUUUUACCUUCAGGUACCACGUGUGGACCAAAGGCCACGCGCCCACCAACUUUGCCAAAUGGCGGACAGCCACCACCCCCUACAGGGUGGAAUGGGAGGCCGACUUUGAGCCCUACGUCAUGGUGAGGCGAGACAGCCCCGAGUAUGACCGCCGCUUCGUGGGCUUCGGCUGGAACAAGGUGGCGCACAUCAUGGAGCUGGACGCGCAGGAAUACGAAUUUGUGGUCCUCCCCAACGCGUACAUGAUCCACAUGCCGCACGCGCCCAGCUUCGACAUCACCAAGUUCCGCUCCAACAAACAGUACCGGGUCUGCCUCAAGACCCUCAAGGAGGAGUUCCAGCAGAACAUGUCGCGGCGCUACGGCUUCGCCGCCCUUAAAUACAUGACUGCCGAGAACAACAGCUAGCCACUGCGGGGGCCCUCGCUAACCCCCCACCCCCGGCCCGGGAAUGACUGGACUGACUCGGUAAGCGAAUGGAGCGGGGUGGGGGCGCGAGGGUACGAGGCGGGGUACGGAUAAAGCCGACCCCGGGGAGUUCAGUGGACCUGACUGGGACGUUAGGUGAAGAACUUUGAGCUGAAGUAUCGGUGCGUACGGAUCGGAGCUUUCGCGGCGUAUGCAUGCGUGCGAAUGUACACGCGGGGUGCGCGCGUAAGUGUUGGUCCGGGGGAGUCAAGGAAGCGGGGCAGCCUUGCAUCCAUUCAGUUUGCACACCGCGGGCACCGCCCAAGUGCCACGACCACACGUCAAAAAGCACCCCCACCCCCCACACCCCCCCUGGAAGCUGACAUCAUCAUCAUCAUCAUCAUCGCGGCGGUGAGACAAAUCGGUCAGGAUUGAGAUGAGUCAAGCGAGCAGCCAAUCGGCUGCGGCUACAAAUCGCAAUCCAUCCCCCCCCCCCCCCCAUUUUAAUCAGCCACGAAAAUUGUGGGCAAGUGUUAAGUGGACUCUUAAUGUCGUGUGUGCGCGAGUCAUUUUCAAUCACAGCCAGCGUUCAGUUCUACUGCUUUCCACUCUUUCAAAAUUUGCCUCUAGUAUGAUGACAUGCUCGUGUGGGGUGGGGGUGGGGGGGUCCUGGGUCCCCCCCCCUCUCUUUCUUUCUGCUCCAUCUAAUGUUUGUUUCGAGGUCGCUAAAGCCCGCGCAAGAUAACAUUGGCCAUCAUCAAAUGAGCAAAAGUCUGCCUAGAGAUAAAUUCUGCUCAGUUUGAAUUAGUUUGUGUUCAUUUGAACGUGUUUAUUUUUGGCCGCUGCCCCCCCCCCCCCCCCGCCCUCCUUCAUUCAACCACAAAAAGAAA